AUGGCUAAAGUAGGUGAUGGGGUAUUCGAAUCCAUUCCAGAUGAUGACACACCCCUUAAGGAAGCAGAAGUACCUGCACUUGCCUCGGAUGAAGAUAGUUUGGUCGAAGGAAGAGAAGCCAUGGCUAAAGUAGGUGAUGGGGUAUUCGAAUCCAUUCCAGAUGAUGACACACCCCUUAAGGAAGCAGAGGUACUUGCACUUGCCUCUGAUGACGACAUCGUGCUCCUUUCAACGGAGGUCAUUCCUAACGUAGAUGAUGACACACCCCUUGAGGAAGCAGAAGUACCUGCACUUGCCUCGGAUGAACAUAUUAUGGCCGAAGGAAGAGAGGUCAUUGCUAUUAUAGAUGAUGACACACCCCUUGAUGAAGCAGAAGUACCUGCACCUGCCUCUGAUGAAGAUAUCAUGGAGGAAGGAAGAGAAGCCAUGGCUAAAGUAGGUGAUGGGGUAUUCGAAUCCAUUCCAGAUGAUGACACAUCCCUUAAGGAAGCAGAAGUCCCUGCACUUGCCUCGGAUGAAGAUAGUUUGGUCGAAGGAAGAGAAGCCAUGGCUAAAGAAGGUGAUGGGGUAUUCGAAUCCAUUUCAGAUGAUGACACACCCCUUAUGGAAGCAGAGGUACCUGCACUUGCCUCGGAUGAAGAUAGUUUGGUCGAAGGAAGAGAAGCCAUGGCUAAAGUAGGUGAUGGGGUAUUCGAAUCCAUUUCAGAUGAUGACACACCCCUUAAGGAAGCAGAAGUACCUGCACUUGCCUCUGAUGACGACAUCGUGCUCCUUUCAACGGAGGUCAUUCCUAACGUAGAUGAUGACACACCCAUUGAGGAAGCAGAAGUACCUGCACUUGCCUCGGAUGAAGAUAUUAUGGUGGAAGGAAGAGAGGUCAUUGCUAUUAUAGAUGAUGACACACCCCUUGAUGAAGCAGAAGUACCUGCAUCUGCCUCUGAUGAAGAUAUCAUGGAGGAAGGAAGAGAAGCCAUGGCUAAAGUAGGUGAUGGGGUAUUCGAAUCCAUUCCAGAUGAUGACACACCCCUUAAGGAAGCAGAAGUACCUGCACUUGCCUCGGAUGAAGAUAGUUUGGUCGAAGGAAGAGAAGCCAUGGCUAAAGUAGGUGAUGGGGUAUUCGAAUCCAUUCCAGAUGAUGACACACCCCUUAAGGAAGCAGAAGUACCUGCACUUGCCUCGGAUGAAGAUAGUUUGGUCGAAGGAAGAGAAGCCAUGGCUAAAGUAGGUGAUGGGGUAUUCGAAUCCAUUUCAGAUGAUGACACACCCCUUAAGGAAGCAGAAGUACCUGCACUUGCCUCUGAUGACGACAUCGUGCUCCUUUCAACGGAGGUCAUUCCUAACGUAGAUGAUGACACACCCAUUGAGGAAGCAGAAGUACCUGCACUUGCCUCGGAUGAAGAUAUUAUGGUGGAAGGAAGAGAGGUCAUUGCUAUUAUAGGUGAUUCGGAACUCGAUGCCAAAACAGAUGAUGACACACCCCUUGAGGAAGCAUAA